CAGCUUUUUCCCGCUAAUGAAAUUUUGUGAGCCCCACGAACUGCCCUGAAAAAAUGUUUGAUGGACAUAUGAACACCAGUUAAAUAAUGAAGCCUAUUUGAUUUCUUAACUAUUCCUUCAAUAAUCAAGUAAUCAUGUCAGACGUUAAAUUAGCAAGGACUAUCCAAAGAUUCAAAGCCAAGAUUGAUACUGGAUCGUAUUAUGAGGCACAUCAAACUUUAAGAACAAUUGUUAACAGAUAUGUUAAAUCAAACCAAUUCAAAGAAGCCAUAGAUUUAUUGUAUGAAGGUUCUUUAAUCUUAAUUAAGAAUAAACAAUAUGCAUCAAGUAGUGAUUUGAUAACUUAUUUGAUAACAGUUUAUGAACAGUUUAAUAUAAGUCCCUCUGAAGGAGAUUAUAAAUUGAAGUUAAUUGAAUUGAUUAACUCUUUACCAUCUAAUGAAACUAGUUUACCAGAUUUAGCUAAACAAAUUAUUCAAUGGUCUAGAAAUGAUAUUGAUAAGUUCGGAGAUAAUGAGUUACAUCACGUAUUUGGUGUCAAAUUCUUGAAAGCUGUACAAGAUGAAGUUGAAGAUGAUCAAUUAGAAAUCAGUAAGGAAAUAAAAAGCGAAGAUGACAGAUAUAAAUUAUUCACAAUUGCUGAAUUACAUUUAAUAUUGGGUACUUACAAUUCGGUACCUUUGUAUGUGAAUUACUUAUAUAAAUGGUACGAAGCUUCAAGUGAGUCAGAUGUUGAUCCGGGAUUAUUCCUAAGUCGUGCUAUUAUAAAUUAUGGAUAUUUAAAGAAUUUGAAAUUUAUUAAAGACGCUCGUGAUAUUUUCAUAACUAAAUUAAUUACAAAGCAUACAUCUUAUGAAGAAAGUUCUCGCAUAUAUUAUUAUGAGAAGUUCCCAUUAUUGACAUUCUUACAAUUGUUGAUUCUAACCUUAGAAAAGGAAAAUUCGACCAAUAAAUUCUUAAAGCUAUAUGAUCAAUAUAAACCUUUAUUGAAGGCUUAUGAAAUCUUGCCAUCGAUUGAAUACCUUGGAAAGGUAUACUUCAAUGUUAGCUUAGGCUCUGCAAACAAUCAAGGCAACUUAUUAUCGAGUUUAAUGGGCGAUUUAUUUAAAUAG